UUCGGCUACGCUGAAUCAUAAAUACACUUCACCUAACUAUUUUUAGAUAUUUAACAAAUAGUUAAAGUUUAAAUGUUGCUUUCGUAAUAUAAUUUUGAUUAGGUCCUUAAAUGUGCUAUGGGCAUAUCCAAAAAAAUAAGGUAUUAUUAAGAUAUAGUUAUUUGUUAUUGAAUUAUUCUCUCUUAAGUUAUUUUUCGAAAAAUGUUCUUAUUGGAUAUUUAUUUAAUAUAAAUUAUAAAACAUGUGGAUUAAGUGACUAUAGUAAGUGGAUUUUAUAUUAGGACUUUGCUCAAUUAUGAACUGAUACGGGAAAAUGUUCUAGAUUGAUUUAUAUGUACACAAAGCAUGAUCAAGUAGAAUUUUCGGCGUCAUGAAAUAACUCCCCAAAACAAAAAUGAAAUUAUGAAAUAAUUCCUCAAAAUUCACAAAUGAAAUAUAUUCCUAAAAAUAUUUUUUGGGGAGUUAUUUCAUUAUAUUACAUUUAUCACACGAAAUAAUAUAAUAUAUAUGUCUGAUAGCCAGCAUCCAGCCGGGCACAAGGGUUUUAUCCUCUGGGGUACAUUGGACACCGGCUUCGCUAAGAAUACACUCUCUCUGUAUCAAGAGUUUUCAGCCUUAUGUCGGCUAUUUAGGAAAUCUUUAGUAAGUGAAGCCGUUGUUGGACAUACCAUAGAGUAGAAAGUCAUUGCGCUCGGCCGCAGGCCUGCUAUUAAGGGAAUUUUUAUUAUGCGAUUAAACUGAAAUGCAUUAAACAUUGAAGUCCUACUCGAAAGUAUGAGCGACCUACUUUUUUUUAGAAAUGUCACUGAAACCGACUUGUUCCAUAAUUCGUUAUUUUUAAAUGGGAACUUAUUUCAUUUUAAAAUUACGGAUUUGUUUCAUUUGAAAUAAAUCUCCAAAAAAUAGGGUGUUAUUUCAUUUUAAUUUAGGAAGUUAUUUCAUUUCAUUGGGACUUUUAUUCAUUUUUCAAUUGGGGAAUUAUUUCAUAAUGAAACAAGUCCCCAAAUUUGAGGACUUAUUUCAUUUUUGUUUUGGGGAGUUAUUUCGUGGGGAGUUAUUUCAUGACGCCUUUUAGAGUGAGUAUACAUACACAAAUAUAUCGAAUUAUUUAUCUUUCUUAAUUAAUUUGGAAAAUUAAGUUAUUUUAGGAAGUUAUGACUAUGGACCGAUACCGAUCUGUAUUAAAUAUAUUAAAUAUCUUUAGAUUUAUAUUUAAUUUUGUAGUGAUAGCAAUAGUUUUGAACAAGUUAUUAAAAAUAAAUCCAUUUUCGAAAAUAUGUACCAAAAGUUAAAAAAAUAAUUAAAUUGUUUCAAGAAUGUGUGAAAUUUUUACUUAUAACUUCAUAAUGAAUAUAUAUGGUAAAUUUGGUUGAUUACUUUAGCUUAGUCUUAACAUGAACGAUUUUUUGUCAGAGGACUAAUAGAAUCGGAAUUUCAUAUGGACCCAGAAUAUACAGGUACACUUUGUUGGGUAUAAGAUAAAUAUUAACAGAAUGACAGAAACUUAUGAAGGUGUACUCUACAUAUACCACCAUUGAUGGUGGUGUAGAGUAUAAAAAUAUCGGUAACAACUGAUGUUGUUAAUUUUUUUCUCUUAGUUAUUUGUUUUAAGAGAAUUUUCUACUAUCUCUCACCAAUUCCAUUUUACAACAAAUUCAAACUUGUUGUGAGAGAAAAUUUUCCUAAUUUUAAGAGUAAUUUUUUAAAAGAGACCAAUUAUUAAAGAGAAAAAUAAACACAACGUUGUCAACUAAGUGUUUUCACUACCGUUUUGGUGUUUUUUUUUUAAGUGGUUGCCAUUAAAAAUUUGAAAAAAGAAAAGCUGAAAAUUUUUUAUUCAAAAUAUAACAUUUACGUUAAAAAGCUUUCUGGUUAAUAAAACACAUUUUACUUCAAGAUUUAUUUAUUAUUUCGCAAUAAAUUUAGACAAAUUACUUACGGUAUUGGCUCAAAUCUGGAGUAAAAAUUUUAAUAUAUUUUAAAAUUCUGGCAAGCCUUUUCUUAACUUAUCGUUUUAUUUACGAGAGAUUAUAGAUUUAUUAUUUCUUUAGAAUUUUGUCUAAAGGUAACAAAUUUUUGUACCAGUAAGUUAUCGUCAAAAAUAUGCUUGCCCUACUUUUUAAUAAUUUUUAUUUUAAAUAUUUUUAAAGUCUAUAAAAAUGAACUCAAAAAUUAAGAAUCAAGAAUUACGAAUACCUGUACGUUCAGGCUACAUAGCUGCCUGCUGGUAUGGUAAUCGGAAUGAAAGACCUAUUGUGGCUAUGCAUGGCUGGCAAGACAACGCGGGAUCAUUUGCUCUACUGGCUCCUAAGUUAAGUCAACAUGUUGCAAUUUUAGCUAUAGAUUUACCAGGUCAUGGUAGAUCUUCUCAUUUUCCUACCGGUUUAAUUUACCACACGUCCGAUUAUGUUAGAGUUAUUAAAGAAAUAAUGACUUAUUAUAAAUGGUCAAAAAUAUCACUUAUUGGUCACUCAAUGUCUUGUGCUGUUAUCUAUCAUUUUGCUGCAUUAUUUCCCGAAUUAGUAGAUAUUAUAAUCAGCAUAGAUGUUUUGCAUACACGAUAUUUUACUUUGGAUCAACAAAUAAACACUUUAAAUUUUUGUAUAGAAAAAUUUCUCAUCGAUACAGAACGUAAAGUGAUAAACCAAAUUCCUGAUGUUGAACCACCUAACUAUACAUUUGCGGAAUUAGAAAAUAUGAUAUAUAAAGCCUCCGAAAGAUCAGUGGACGUGGAUAAAGCCAAAUAUAUAUUAGAACGUAAUAUAACUUUAUCCAAAAAAGAUUCUAAUAAAUAUUAUUUGUCCCGAGAUGGUGGUAUAAAAUACCUGCUGGAAACCUAUACAGAACCAAAGUUAACCGAACUAAUGGCCAAGAGAAUGUUUAACAUUAAAUGGUUGGUUUUAAGAGCAGAACAUUCGUAUCAUUUAAAUGAGCAACAGGCAACAACUAAGAGAAUUUUAGAGAUUCUUAAAGAAAAUAAUCCAAAUUUCAUUUUUAAUAAAAUACCGGGUGUAAAACAUCACUGUCAUUUAACGGAUGUGGAAAAAGUAGAAGCAUAUAUUGUGCCCUUUUUAAAAAAAUAUCGCCAAGUGGAAUAUUUGAAUUAUAGUGAAAUAAGCAAAUUGUAAUUAUGAUUUUUAUUUAUAUUUAAUAAAUGUUUUCUUAUUAUAUUUGUAAUAAUUAGUUAA